CAGACUCACCGGUGCGAUCUAGGGCCCUCCUGUCUCCGCAGCGCGUUCUUUCAAUUGAAACGAAAUUUUAUUCUGCGUUUGCCACCAGCGGUCUAUGCCAGCGCUUGCUGUUCUGUUGGCCUUGAGAGUUACUCGCCUACGAAUAUUUACACUCAAGCAGCCAUUCACUCGUCAGGUCUCGAGGAUGGCGGACGCAAAGCGGGUGACAGUGGUGGGGUCCGGCAAUUGGGGGUCUGCGAUCAGCAAGAUUAUCGGUAAGAAUGCCACGAAAUAUGACCAGUUUGAGAAUGAGGUGAAGAUGUGGGUUUUUGAAGAAAUGGUUGAUGGUAAAAAAUUGACAGAAAUCAUCAACACCACUCAUGAGAACGUGAAGUAUCUUCCAAAACACAAACUGCCAGAGAAUGUCGUGGCUGUUCCGGAUUUGGUUGAGGCUGCAAAAGAUGCUGACAUUCUGGUUUUUGUCGUCCCUCACCAGUUCUUGCGCAGGACACUGAAAACCCUUGAGGGCAAGAUCAAGCCAACUGCUGUGGCCCUGUCCCUAAUUAAGGGAUUUGACCUGAAGGAGGAAGGUGGGAUAUCUCUUCUUUCCCAUACCAUCCAAGACAUUUUGAAGAUUGAGGCCAGUGUGCUGAUGGGAGCCAACCUAGCUCCUGAAGUGGCUGCUGAAAAAUUCUGUGAAACCACCAUUGGUUGCAGAACUCCUGCCUAUGAGGACAUGCUGAAAAACCUCAUACAAACAGAGUACUUCCGUGUCAUGGUUGUGGAUGAUGCCAAUGCAGUUGAGCUGUGUGGAGCUUUGAAGAACAUUGUGGCAUGUGGUGCAGGGUUUGUUGAUGGCCUUGGCUAUGGCGACAACACCAAGGCAGCAGUGAUUCGACUGGGUCUUAUGGAGAUGAUAAAGUUUGGUGAAGUGUUCUACAAGGGCUGCCUCCUGUCCACCUUCUUUGAGAGCUGUGGGGUGGCAGACCUGAUCACAACCUGCUACGGUGGCCGCAACAGGAGAAUAGCUGAGGCAUUUGUGAAGACCGGCAAGACCAUUGAAGUGCUGGAGAAGGAGAUGCUCAAUGGACAGUGUGCCCAGGGGCCUGAGACUGCUCGCGAGGUGUUCGUGAUGCUGGAGAGGGAGAAGAACCUGGAUGGUUUCCCACUGUUUGUGGCAAUCCACAGAAUAUGCACUGGUCAGAUACCACCAACUUCCAUGAUUGAAUGCAUCAGGGAGCAUCCAGAACAUCUGCGGAUCCAGCCAAGAAAAUAGUAGUCCGGCAGUCUGAGCUGCCUGUAUGACGUCAUCCAUCUGGUGUGACGUUACGUGGCAACGACAGCUGUUAACCAAUGCGCGGAGGAGCUGAAUGAUCUGUGAUGAGCUGAUAAGCGAGUGCUGGGCGCCUUUUUGGGGGUCAACGACGCGGUGAUUCUUACUUUGGAGUGUUUUCGUUCAAUGAAAUCAUCUGCACGCUUUUCGUUCGGGCUUUUUGUGGCUUUGAUUUGCGCGGUAUGUGUUGUUUUUCUUUGCUCUUGAGAUCGUGUGCUGCCUCGUCUAUCCGUAGCCAUUUUCGAUCUCGUUUUUUGAUUGAUUUCAACGCACGGCUCACUCUUAGAUAUUCGUUGCCCUUAUUACCUGUUUUUUGCGACCUGUUCUUCCCCUCUUGACUGAUUUGAUCAUGCACAGUGACGUAAAUGAAUCGACUAAAUCCAACAAGAUCGGACCGUGUUA